AAUUUAGCGUUGAGAGUCGAAAUCAAAGAAUAUAAAGUCAGAGCCUUUUUGGAUGAAUUUGUACUACAAAACCUGAAAAAGGCUUCUUUGCAGUACCGAUUUUCCGGUACACAUCAAACCUCUCCUCUCACAUUCUGCGGUUCUGUUUCUAUAAUUCAUCCCCCCACCCACCAAUCGUCGAUUUCCUCACCACUCGACGAUUUCGUAUACGCAUUCAACGCCGGAGUGAAGUUUCAUCUUCUUGGGGAUCGGGAAUCUCUGAGUGUUGUUCUUCGUGUUCGUGUUCGUUUUCUCGGACAAGAACACGAACCCAGUUUGUUUUUUUGCGGCUGCGGCUUAUCCAUUUCGUUUCUGUUUCAUUGAAGAAGAAGAAGAAGAAGAAGCAAAACCCAUAUCGACACAGUUGCAGUGUGGCGUGGAAAAUCAGAAUAAAAUUCUGGGCUCUGUUUGAUAUUCCGGAAUCCAACACUGUCACCGGAGUGAUUGGAAGAAACCCAGAUGAGGAAUUCAACGAUGGGGCGGGAAGAUGUGAACGAGAUUGAGAAGAAGGAGGAGAGGGAUGAUCUGGAAGAGACGCAGAACGAACCAGACGACUUAAAGACGAUUCCGCCAUGGAAAAGCCAGCUCACCUUCAGAGGAAUCAUUGCAAGUCUAUUCAUCGGCGUGAUAUACAGCGUUAUAGUGAUGAAGCUGAACCUCACCACAGGCCUUGUCCCCAACCUCAACGUCUCCGCCGCUCUCCUCGCCUUCGUCUUCCUCAAGACAUGGACUACGCUUCUCCACAAGGCCGGGAUCGUGACCAAACCCUUCACGAAACAGGAGAACACGCUCGUCCAGACAUGCGCUGUCGCUUGUUACAGCAUUGCUGUCGGAGGUGGGUUUGGUUCUUAUCUUCUUGGUUUGAACCAGAAGACGUAUGAACAGUCAGGGGGCAUCGACACGGUCGGGAACAAUCCAGGAAGCACGAAAGAACCCGGGAUCGGUUGGAUGACUGGUUUCUUGUUCGUGACAUGUUUUGUCGGGCUUUUGGCACUGGUUCCUCUGAGAAAGAUCAUGAUCAUAGACUAUAAGCUGACAUACCCGAGUGGAACAGCUACCGCCGUUCUUAUCAACGGAUUCCACACUUCCAAAGGCAACAAAAUGGCCAGGAAACAGGUUCGCGGGUUUGCAAAGUACUUCUCGGUAAGCUUCAUCUGGGCAUUCUUUCAGUGGUUCUUCUCCGGCGACGGCUCUGAAUCCGAAUGCGGAUUUGUUAAGUUCCCUACCUUUGGAUUACUAGCUCGGAAGAACUCAUUCUACUUUGAUUUCAGCAUGACGUACAUCGGGGCGGGGAUGAUCUGUUCGCAUCUGGUGAACCUGUCCUUGCUUCUCGGCGCUGUUCUGUCUUGGGGAAUAAUGUGGCCCAUUAUCUCGGGUCUUGAAGGAAAGUGGUACCCUGAAUCUCUACCAAAAAGCAGCAUGAAGAGUCUCAACGGCUACAAGGUCUUUGUAUCUAUCGCGUUGAUCCUCGGAGACGGGCUCUACAACUUUGUCAAGAUCCUCGUUUUCACCGGCUGGAACAUAUAUUCCAAAAUGAAGAACCACAAUGCCGUUAACUCCGGUACUGCAGAUUCAGACAACCACAAGAAAACAGUUGCAGAUCUGAAACGAGACGAAGUCUUCGUAAGAGACAGUAUCCCGUUGUGGGUAGCGGUCGUAAGCUAUGGCGCCUUCUCGGUUGUAUCCGUCGUCUUGAUCCCUAUGAUGUUCCACGAGGUCAAAUGGUACUUCGUCGUCGUGGCGUAUGUCUUAGCUCCGUCUCUCAGCUUCAGCAAUGCGUACGGAGCAGGCCUUACGGACAUGAACAUGGCUUACAACUACGGGAAAGUCGCCCUGUUCAUCUUGGCCGCUAUGGCGGGAAAACAAGAUGGUGUAGUCGCAGGUCUCGUGGGUUGCGGUCUGAUCAAAUCCAUCGUCUCGAUCUCCUCUGAUCUCAUGCACGAUUUCAAGACGGGACAUCUAACCUUUACCUCGCCCCGUUCGAUGCUUGUGAGCCAAGCAAUCGGCACCGCCAUUGGCUGUGUGGUGGCGCCAUUGACGUUCUUCCUCUUCUACAAGGCCUUUGACGUUGGAAACCCUAACGGAACGUACAAAGCUCCGUACGCUCUGGUCUACAGGAACAUGGCGAUCCUCGGCGUGGAGGGCUUCUCGGCUUUGCCACGCCACUGUCUCGAGCUCUGCUACGGGUUCUUCGCCUUCGCCGUGGCGGCGAACCUCGCGAGGGACAUGUUGCCGGAGAAUGUCGGGAAAUGGGUCCCGCUUCCGAUGGCGAUGGCGGUUCCGUUCCUCGUCGGAGGUUACUUCGCCAUCGACAUGUGUGUCGGGAGCUUGGUCGUGUUCGUGUGGAACAGGAUCGACAAGACCAAAGCGAGACUGAUGAUUCCGGCGAUAGCUUCCGGUCUGAUAUGUGGCGACGGGCUUUGGAUUCUGCCGUCGUCGAUUCUUGCUCUCGCCGGAGUUUAUCCUCCGAUUUGCAUGAGCUUCAUGCCGAGUAGUCGUUAGAAUCCGAAUAUUCAUCAGAUAACUGUAGAGUGGUAGUUGUAAUAAUCGUAAAAUAGUUUUUUUUCAAUAAAAUAAAAUCCCUCUGCUCAGAAAGUC